UAUUCAUUACCAAUGCUUUUAUCUGAUACUACUACUGUCCAAAGUAUACUUGAGAGUAUUGCCCAAGAAAAACAAUGGUCAAAACAAGACGUUGAAAAUGACCUUAGCAUCCUUAGUCGAAAUCGUAUUGUUCAUGUGCAUGAUUUACGAGCUUUGUCUGGAGAAAGUUGGGCACAAAUCGAAUUACUCCCACUUGUCAAAGAUCUCCUAAGAAGUGCGAUUGACCCAAGCUGGCCCACAGCAAAUCAUCAUGGUAAAAAUAGAUUAUUAAUUAAAUUUGUGUAUUGAAAUUCUAAUACAGUUGAACACCAACCUGAAGAAGAAAACAAAAAGAAAAAGGAAGACGAUUCAGAGGAU